UGCUGAUAGAACUUCUGGAUUGUUCUAUAUGCUGAGUCGGCCCGGGGGUGGUCCCGUGCAUCAUGCAGAAGACGAUCCGCAUCAGCGAGGGCCAGCUCCUGUACCUGGCCCACAAGGCGAGGGUGGAGAACACCAUGUGUGGACACCUGUACAAGCGCAGCACCGACAUGGGCAAGUGGCAGCAGCGAUACUUCGUCCUCUACCAGAACGUGCUCUUUUACUACGAGAACGAGACCUCGGCCCGACCCUCGGGGGUGGCCCUGCUGGAGGGGAGCUACUGCGAUAGAAUUAUCGCACCUGCGGCUAUAAAAGGACGGGAGACUGAGAAACAGUAUGCGUUCACCAUUACAUACAAAAUAGAAGGCCAACGGCAGUAUGAUUUGAGAAGCGAGUCGGAAGUUGAAUGCAACGCUUGGAUUGACGCCAUCAAAAGAGCCAGCUACAGCAAAGUGCUGGAGCAGAAAGAAGAGCUGGAACAGAAACACCUGCAUCUUCUGCAGAUUCUGGACAGCGAGCGUCAGGCCAAGUGGCACUACGUACAGCAGACGGAGGAACUUGCAUGCGAGGUCAAGAAACUCAAAGAUGAGCUCCAAAAGUUUAAAAAAGAGGUUUACGGUAACCACUGCAAAUCCGAUGAAGAAACCGACGAUCUGAAGAAAAUAAAAAAGGUUGCAGUUUCAGUACAAAGCUUUUUCAGAGGAUGGUUAUGCAGAAGAAGGUGGAAACAAAUUGUAGAGUUAUAUAUAAGAUCACCACAUGCAGAAAGUAUGCGCAAGAGAAACAGUAUUGUUUUUAGCAUGGUUGAGUGUGAGGAAGAGUAUAACAGGCAACUAUCCUGUCUGGUAACAUGCUUCCUAAGACCUCUAAGGAUGGCUGCUAGCUCAAAGAAACCUCCUAUUAGCCAUGAAGAUGUCAAUUCCAUAUUUCUCAACAGCGAAACUUUGUUGUUUCUUCAUCAAAUUUUCUUAAAGGGACUCACAGCACGGCUUGAAAAUUGGCCAACAUUAGUCUUAGGUGACCUUUUUGACAUGUUGCUACCAAUGUUGAGCAUCUACCAAGAGUAUGUUCGCAAUCAUCAUUACAGCUUACAAGUGCUGGCAGAGUACAAACAGAAAUUUGAGUUCAACAAUUUAUUAAAGAGAUAUGAGGAGAAACCAGCAUGUGAAGGACGGACACUGGAAACUUUUCUGACCUAUCCUAUGCAUCAGAUUCCUCGGUACAUAAUUACAUUGCAUGAGCUUUUAGCCCACACUCCCCAUGAUCAUGUUGAAAGAGAAAGUCUGGAGUUUGCCAAAAGUAAACUUGAAGAACUGUCAAGGGUCAUGCAUGACGAAGUCAGUGAAACAGAGAACAUUAGAAAAAAUCUGGCUAUUGAACGCAUGAUUGUUGAAGGCUGUGAUAUUCUUCUAGAUGUCAAUCAAACAUUUGUACGACAAGGCCCACUACUCCAGAUUCUGAAUGAGAAAGGCAAGUCAAACAGAGGCCGUCUAGGCUCUUUUAGUUCGUCGUUUAAGGAAAGCAAGAAAGAAGUGGUGAGACAAGUUUUUCUCUUCACCAACCAUAUUUUGCUCACAACCAGGGCUUCCAAUGGCCGACUACACCUUGCCAAGCAUAUCGGUAAAAUAGUUCUUCUCGACUGCACACUAAUUGAAGAUCCCAACUCGGACAUAUUCUUCUUUGACGAAGAAACUUCUUCACUGGACUCAAACCUUAGCCUUGGAAGUCAGACUUCUGCUGCUAAUCUCCUGCCAUUGCAAGGUUUGAUUGAAAGGGAAGCAAAGGCUGAUUACAAUGGUCUUGAUUUCAAAUUGAUUGUUGACUCAAAAAGUGGUCCUCCAGUGACAAUAACCUUGGUGGCCAGCACCCUCCACGAGAAGGCAGCUUGGUGCAGUGACAUUAGUCAGUGUAUAGAAAAUCUACACUACAGUGAUCUGCUCAACAGCUCGAUGAGCGAAUCAUCUUCUGUCACUAUGCCCCAGUCUGUCAGAUACAUACACAGUACACAGAUCUGGUCUGAUCCUAAGCUAUUCCGUGAUGACGUUGAUAUAAAAUUUAGUAGAACUUUGAACUCGUGUAAAGUUCCUCAGAUACGCCAUGCCAGUGUGGAAAGGCUUUUGGAUCGCCUGACAGAUUUGAGGUUUCUCAGCAUCGACUUCCUGAACACAUUCUUGCUGACUUACAGAGUGUUUACAACUGGCCACACUCUGCUGGAGGCUCUCAAAAAGGUUUACAAAAGUCACGAGGGAGGGCCAAACAAUGAAGGGGGAGUAAAUCUCACCAACAGCCUAUCAUCAGUUGUUGCUCACUGUCAAGCAGAAGAGGAAGGUACAGAGGAGACCGGCAGCCCACCUGAGUUUACAGGUGAACCUCCAGAAGUUGAUGCUAGGUAUGUUAUAAAGCCCCAAGUGGAGAAGCUACGAAGGAUCAGCACAGGCUGCAUGAAGCAAGAUGAUGAUGAUGUGUCCAUUAGCAGUAGCGCCAGCAGUCCUAGGACAUCAUUUAGUACUGAAUCAAGGGGCUCAUUUCAACAACAGCAUCCCCUCAACUUAGCUCAGAAAUUUGAACGUGGUGAAUCUGUGGACAGUGAUGAUAGCCGCUCUGAACUCACAUCUUUUCUCCAACCACCAAAACCACGAGCUCUGCUUGCUCCAAUAGCUUCUUGUGAAACUCUGAAUGACCAGGAUGUGCCAGACAUCCCCUCAAUCACCAGACAGGAGUCAGGAUCUCCCACAGGUAUCAUUCUCUCAGACUUUGACCUUGAUGAUGAGUCUAGCGCAGAUUAUAUAGACACAGCUGACGACAAGCAGCUAUUGACUCCUUCCAUGGCAUCCACAUUUGCCGGAUCCAUAUCUUCAGAGUCUCUGGUCUCACCCUCAAGUCCACGGACUAUCACCUCUGCUGUCAGCUCUGACACACUCACACCUGGGACUCCAAGAACUCCAAUUACUCCUAGAGCCUCGCCAUUGGUUUCUCCAUUUGGAAGUCCCAAACGGGUUCCAGUUUUAGGUUUAGGACUGAAGGGUAGCAAGAUAAAUGGAAGCUCCUCGUCUGGAAGUCCAAAGAGGCCGUCAACACCAAGCAGAGUGAUGGAGACUUCGUACACACUAGAUGCACUAGCUCUAUCACCAAGCAGUAGUCCUAUUCGAAUCAUAAAACCCCGCCCAAUGUCUUCACCUGUUAGGAUUCCAUCCCCUCUUCUUCCGGGGACACAAAAACGAGCCUCCUCUCCUGGUCGGAUUACAUCCUCACCAGCCCGCUCACCUACCUCCAGUCCCAAGCUUCGCCGUGCGCCAUCUCCCAUCAGCUACAGCUACUCAUCUCCUAACAUUGUUGCUCCGCAAAUCAAGAUACGACCAUUCUCAGGUAAGAGAGGCAGUGCUGAGGCAGAGAGCAUCAGUAUGGUAUCUUCACCUCGCAGUAGUUUUGCCCAGAUGGAUGGGUCCCCUCCAACCAGGGCCAAGGCUGGAACUGUUGUUACAUCAUCUCGGGCUUCUAAAAGGAGAUCCAGCUCCUCUGCAGCAACCACUGCAUUUGCUGCUGCUACAGCUGGACUGGCCAGUUGUGCUGACCAGCAACAAAAAGGAAUCUCUCGAUACCUCAGUGUAGGGACAGGUACAUUAGAUGCACGCCCGGUCAUGAAAAAAAGAGAGUCAGUCAUCAGUACCGCUGCCACUAUGCGUGUUCUAAAUGUCCUCAAACACUGGGUCUCUAAGCACCAGCAGGACUUUGAAUCAGACCCUGAACUGAAGUCUCAAGUUGUUGAUUUGUUGGAGGAAAUGGUUGUCAAUAGCAACCUCUUGCCUGCCGAACACAAAGCUGCUGCUUCAAUACUCCGCACUAUAAGUAAAGAACCAUCUCCUGAGAAAAGGGUGGACCUAACACAGUUACUCAUGCCUCCAUCAUCAACAUCGAAAGAUAACCUGGAUACACUCUCAGCUUUAGACAUUGCUGAACAGUUGACAUACUUAGAUCAUCAAAUAUUUAUUGCUAUUAGAAGCGAGGAGUUGUUAAGUCAAGCUUGGAUGAAACCUGAUAAAUGCCACAAAGCUCAACAUGUUCUCCUAGUCAGCAAAAGAUUCAAUGAAGUGAGUCGUCUGGUUGUGUCUGAGAUAGUCAGCAGGUCCAACAUGCAAGAUCGUGUUGCAUGUAUUGAGAAAUGGGCAGCCAUUGCUGAUAUCUGCCGCUGUAUGCACAAUUACAAUGGAGUUCUGCAGAUUUGUGCAGCUUUUGUAAAUAGCUCAGUUUACAGGCUCAAGAAAACGUGGGAGAAACUAUCUAAACAGACUAAACAGAUGAUAGACAGACUUCAGAAUUUAGUGUCAUCUGAAGGCCGGUUUAAAAACAUGAGAGAUGCUUUACACAGAUGUGAUCCGCCAUGCAUUCCUUAUCUUGGCAUGUAUCUAACUGAUCUCUCAUUCAUCGAAGAAGGGACACCUAAUGUUACAGAAGAGGGACUUGUUAAUUUUUCUAAAAUGAGAAUGAUUGCUCAUGUGAUCAGAGAAAUUCGUUUAUUUCAACAAACAUCCUACAAGAUUGAACAUCAUCCACGGGUAACCAGCUAUUUGCUUGAUCCAAGUCGGCUGUUAGAUGAGGAUCAAACAUACAAAGCAUCUUUGGAGAUUGAACCUAAACAGUCUCGUUUGUCAGUGAUCUCCACACCUUCCUGAGAAAAGCUCAAGUCUUCUCUUUUUCCCUCUCAAUGUUUUUCUGACAUGACUCACUCUACGCUUGCCACAUGCCAUGGCAUAGCUUUGUGAUACAUUUUGUUGGUGAUGUUUCCAAUGAUCCAAGUGGUGAUAUCUUCAUUCAGCGCUGGUCGCAGUUCAAGUGUAUUCCAUCAACUUUUCAAACUAUGUUUACAAUGUAUAUCAUUUGAUUUUACAUUACACAAAGUAACACACUUGUCCUAUGUCAAGUCAUACAAAAUUUCUUUAGAAAAGGAAAAUUGUGCAAGUGUUAAAUUAUGUAUACAUUUUUGGUUUAAAAGAAGAAUUGUAAUAAUUAAAUUAAUAAAACAUAAGGCACACCAUAAUCUGUUAAAUUUACCGUACUCGAUAAUUUCUUUUUAUAUUAAUUAUGUACAAUUGUUUUUUUCUGUACCCCAGUUUAAUUUUCCAUGAAACCCCCACCCCUCUCUGUCAUCCUAUCAUGAUUAAUUGGCUUCCUGUUUCAAAAUAUUAUCCAUUUUACUUGAAGUAUUUUUGGAUUAAUUUAAGUUUCAAUAGCAAAAAAGGUGGAAAUCUCUAAAUGAAAAACAUUGGAUAAUAGUUAUUAUGUUAACUAAAAAUGUUAAAGAUUUAGUCUGUUAAGAGGCAAAAAUAUUGGUCCGAAUUUGCAUUUUGAGCAUAAUCAGGGUCUGAGAGUUUUAAAGAACUGUACAGGUGCAUUAAAACUUGGAUUUAAGAUUUCUGUUGUGACAAAAAUAUUGUGAGGAUAUAGUUUUUAUAGGUGAUAUAUUAUUGAUGGCUAUUUUAUGGUUGAUGGUUUCUGCCUCUUAGCUGUUGAUUUAACAGUUUUUAGCACUUAUGAGUUGUAAACCAUUUUGUUCUACACAUGUAAAUAUUUCAAACAUUUCGCUGUGUGUGAAAUCAUUCUAGAAACAAUAGUUGAAUCCCCCCUUGACCCAGGGACCAUUACCUCAUGAGUACUUCACCAUUCCAACAGUUUUUUGUUUCAGCUGGGAAGGUUCUUGGUUUUCUUUGUUGUCAAAUGUUUCAAACACGACUCAGACUUGUUCAUACAAUCAUGUGUCAUUCUCAGUGUUGUAGACUUAUUUUUUGCUCCGACAUUCACCUAUGUAGGUGAGUUGAUUCCUAGAGAUAUUUGUUAGACUCAAGCCAACAUAGACUUAAAAGGCAGCAUCUCAACUAGACUAAAAAUUGUCAAGUCUAUUGACAGGUUUACAAAUUAAUUUGCAGAUGAUAUUUUCAAAACUCAGCACUCAAAAUAUUAAAUUUUGCUGUUAUGAAACAUUUUGCCAAAUAAGAUUUAAAUGAUGAUACACAUAUAGGCCUACAUGUGAAAAAAAAAGCACAUUGUAAACAUGAAUAAAUUUGGGAAAUUAAUCAUUUUUUUUUAUUAAUUCAAAGUUAUGAGAUAAAUUUAUAGGCCCUACAUUGUUUAAAGCUUCUAAGCUAAUUUUUAUUUUCAUUUUCUCUAAUCAUUCUCAUUCUCUAAGAGAUAUUUAAACACUUGUUUUUUUCCUACUUUCUCAUAGCAAUCAAUUCCAUUAAACAGAGUAUUUAAAUGUUUGAUACCAUCAUAUUUAAACACAGCAGUGAUCAAAGAGUUAAAACAUUGAUUAAACUUAAAGGGUUACUCAACAGAGGGAACAAUAUUAAAAAAAACCCUCUUGUAUACUCAUUUUGAACUUACUUCUCUAAAUACACACAA